AUGAGUGACCUACCCAUUGAAUUUACCGAAUUGGUCGAUCUGAUGUCCUUAGGAAUUUCCCCUCAAUUCCUUGACUUCAGAUCAACUACUUUCGAGAGUGACCACUUCGUCACUGUUAGAGAAACAAAGGACGGUACAAACUCUGUUGCAAUCGUGGAUUUGGCCAAAGGCAAUGAAGUGACAAGGAAGAAUAUGGGCGGUGAUUCUGCUAUCAUGCAUCCAUCUCAGAUGGUUAUUUCCGUUAGAGCAAAUGGUACUAUCGUGCAGAUAUUUAAUUUGGAAACUAAGAGCAAGUUAAAGUCUUUUACUUUAGAUGAACCUGUUAUUUUUUGGAGGUGGUUGAGUGAAACCACUUUGGGUUUUGUUACCGCAAGAUCCAUACUGACCUCGAACGUCUUUGAUGGUAACGUAAAUGCUAAGCCUCAAUUGCUUACCUUGAGACACGCUAACUUGAACAAUACCCAAAUUAUCAAUUUUGUGGCUAACAAAAACCUUGACUGGUUCGCAGUUGUUGGUAUCUUACAAGAAAAUGGCCGUAUUGCCGGUAGAAUUCAAUUAUUCUCAAAACAACGUAACAUCUCCCAAGCUAUCGACGGUCAUGUUGCUAUCUUUACGAAUAUAUUACUAGAGGGUAAUGGCUCGACCCCGGUACAAGUUUUCGUUACUGGUAACAGAAAUGCCACCACCGGUGCUGGAGAAUUAAGAAUUAUCGAGAUUGAUCACGAUGCUUCAUUGCCUUCUCAAUAUCAAAAGGAAACUACCGAUAUUUUCUUUCCACCAGAUGCAACGAAUGAUUUCCCAAUCGCUGUUCAGGUGUCUGAGAAAUACGGCAUAAUUUACCUAUUAACCAAGUAUGGCUUCAUCCAUUUGUACGAAUUGGAAACCGGUACCAAUUUAUUCGUUAAUAGAAUUACAGCAGAAUCUGUUUUUACUGCAGCUCCGUACAAUCACGAGAACGGUAUUGCAUGCAUCAAUAAAAAAGGUCAAGUUUUAGCAGUAGAGAUUUCUACUUCUCAAAUCGUUCCAUAUAUCUUGAAUAAAUUAUCUAAUGUGGCACUGGCCUUAAUCGUUGCUACAAGAGGUGGCUUACCAGGUGCAGAUGAUUUAUUUCAAAAACAGUUUGAAUCUUUAUUGUUACAAAACGAUUAUCAAAAUGCAGCUAAAGUUGCAGCCUCUUCCACUUCUUUAAGGAACCAAAACACCAUCAACAGGUUGAAAAACAUUCAAGCACCACCAGGCGCCAUUUCUCCUAUCCUACUUUACUUUUCAACACUAUUGGAUAAAGGGAAAUUGAAUAAAGAGGAAACAAUUGAAUUGGCUAGACCAGUUCUACAACAAGACAGAAAACAAUUGUUCGAAAAAUGGUUAAAGGAAGAUAAACUAGAAUGUUCAGAAGAACUAGGUGACAUCGUUAAGCCUUUCGAUACUACUUUAGCGCUAGCUUGCUACUUAAGAGCAGGUGCCCAUGCAAAAGUUAUAUCUUGUCUUGCCGAAUUACAACAGUUUGAAAAAAUUAUUCCUUACUGCCAAAAGGUUGGAUAUCAACCUAACUUUUUAGUGCUGAUUUCUUCUUUGAUUAGAUCAUCACCAGACAGAGCUUCUGAAUUUGCCGUAUCUCUAUUACAAAAUCCGGAAACUGCUUCUCAGAUCGACAUAGAAAAAAUCGCAGAUCUAUUCUUUUCCCAAAACCAUAUCCAACAAGGAACCUCUCUACUUCUAGACGCGUUAAAAGGAGAUACCCCAGACCAAGGUCACUUGCAAACUCGUGUUCUUGAAGUCAAUCUACUACACGCACCACAAGUUGCUGACGCCAUAUUGGGAAACAACAUCUUUUCUCAUUAUGACAAACCAACUAUUGCUUCCUUAUCCGAAAAGGCGGGACUAUACCAGAGAGCUUUAGAAAAUUACACAGACAUCAAAGAUAUCAAGAGAUGCGUUGUCCACACCAAUGCAUUACCUAUCGAUUGGUUAGUCGGAUACUUUGGUAAGUUGAACGUUGAACAAUCUUUGGCGUGCUUAAAAGCUUUAAUGGAUAACAAUAUUCAGGCUAACAUCCAGACCGUAGUACAGGUGGCAACUAAAUUCUCUGAUUUGAUCGGUCCAUCUACUUUGAUUAAAUUAUUCGAAGAUUAUAAUGCUACGGAAGGUUUAUACUAUUACUUAGCCUCUUUAGUCAACCUAACCGAAGAUAAAGAUGUGGUUUACAAAUACAUUGAAGCUGCUGCUAAAAUGAAACAAUACAGAGAAAUUGAAAGAAUUGUGAAGGAUAACAAUGUCUAUGAUCCAGAAAGAGUCAAGAAUUUCUUGAAGGAUGCCAAUCUAGAAGACCAGUUGCCUCUAGUCAUAGUUUGUGACCGUUUCGACUUUGUUCAUGAAAUGAUUUUAUAUUUGUACAAAUCACAGAACUUAAAAUUUAUUGAAACUUACGUGCAGCAGGUUAACCCUUCAAAGACUGCCCAAGUUGUUGGCGCAUUACUUGAUAUGGACUGUGAUGAGGCAUUUAUUCAAAGUCUGCUACAAUCAGUCUUAGGUCAAGUCCCUAUUAAUGAAUUAACUACUGAGGUUGAAAAGAGAAAUAGACUAAAAAUAUUGCUACCUUUCCUAGAACAAAGCUUAAGUCAAGGUAUCCAGGAUCAAGCUGUUUACAAUGCCUUAGCAAAAAUUUAUAUUGAUUCCAAUAAUUCUCCUGAAAAGUUUUUGAAGGAAAACGACCAAUAUGACACCUUAGACGUUGGUCAUUACUGCGAAAAAAGAGAUCCCUACCUUGCAUAUAUUGCGUAUGAAAAAGGUCAAAAUGAUGAUGACUUGAUUAGAAUCACUAAUGAAAAUAGCAUGUACAAGUACCAGGCAAGAUAUUUGUUGGAACGUUCUGAUCUCGAUUUAUGGAACAAAGUUUUGAAUCAAGAAAAUAUUCACAGAAGACAAUUAAUUGAUUCGGUCAUCUCCGUUGGUAUCCCUGAAUUAACUGAUCCUGAACCUGUUUCCUUAACUGUUCAAGCAUUCAUGACCAAUGGAUUAAAACUGGAACUAAUUGAGUUGCUAGAAAAAAUCAUAUUGGAACCUUCUCCUUUCAACGAAAAUGUGGCUUUACAAGGGUUGCUAUUAUUGUCUGCUAUUAAGUAUGAACCAACUAAGGUUUCAAGCUAUAUCGAAAAAUUAGAUAACUACGACGCCGAUGAAAUUGCUCCAUUAUGUAUUGAACAUGAUUUGAAGGAGGAAGCUUUUGAAAUCUAUGACAAACAUGAAAUGUACGGUAAAGCUUUAAAGGUUUUAAUCGAAGACAUCAUGUCUUUAGAUAGAGCUGCUUCUUAUGCUGAUAAAAUCAAUACUCCCGAAUUGUGGUCUCAAAUUGGUACGGCUCAGUUAGAUGGAUUAAGAAUCCCAGAUGCUAUUGAGUCUUAUAUUAAAGCAGAAGACCCAUCAAAUUACGAAAAUGUAAUUGAUAUAGCCGAACAAGCCGGUAAAUACGAAGAAUUAAUUCCAUUUUUACUAAUGGCUAGAAAGACUUUGAAAGAACCAAAGAUCGACGGUGCUUUAAUCUUGGCCUAUGCUGAACUAAACAAGAUUCAUGAAAUUGAGAACUUGUUGGCAGGUUCCAAUGUUGCAAACUUAGAUCAUGUUGGUGAUAAAUUAUUCGAGAAUAAAGAGUAUAAAGCGGCCAGGCUAUGUUAUUCUGCUGUUUCUAAUUACUCCAAGCUUGCUUCUACCUUGGUUUACCUGGGAGAUUAUCAGGCUGCUGUUGACACUGCUAGAAAGGCUUCAAACAUUAAAGUUUGGAAACUGGUUAACGACGCUUGUAUUGAAAAGAAAGAAUUCAAGCUGGCUCAAAUUUGUGGGUUGAACUUGAUCGUUCACGCUGAAGAAUUAGAUGAACUGGUGGAAAGGUAUGAAUCAAACGGCUAUUUCGAAGAACUGAUUUCAUUGUUUGAAGCUGGUUUGGGACUUGAAAGAGCUCAUAUGGGCAUGUUCACUGAAUUGGCCAUUUUGUAUUCCAAAUAUGAACCAGACAAGACCUUCGAACACUUGAAGCUAUUCUGGUCCAGAAUAAAUAUUCCAAAGGUUAUUAGAGCUGUCGAACAAGCUCACCUCUGGUCGGAAUUGGUCUUUUUAUAUGCUCACUAUGAUGAAUGGGAUAAUGCUGCUUUAACACUAAUCGAAAAAUCAACCAAAGACUUGGAUCACGCCUAUUUCAAAGAAGUUGUUGUCAAAGUUUCUAACUUAGAAAUCUAUUACAAGGCCAUUAAUUUCUACGUCAAAUUUCACCCAUCAUUACUAGUUGAUCUUUUGACCUCAUUGACACCAAGAUUAGAUAUUCCAAGAACUGUCAAAAUUUUCUCGAAAUCCGACAACUUGCCUUUAAUCAAGCCUUUCUUGAUCAAUGUCUUACCAAAAAAUAACUCAGUUGUCAACCAAGCCUACCACGAUCUGAUGAUUGAAGAAGAAGAUUAUAAAGCUUUGCAAGACGCUGUUGAUUCUUAUGACAAAUUUGACCAAUUGGGAUUGGCAUCUCGUUUGGAAUCUCAUAAGCUAAUUUUUUUCAAGAAAAUAGGAGCCCUGUUAUACCGUAGAAAUAAGAAGUGGGCAAAGAGUCUUUCAAUCUUGAAGGAAGAAAAGCUAUGGAAGGACGCUAUUGAGACGGCAGCAAUCUCUCAGGAUCCAAAGGUAGUGGAGGCUCUACUCACAUAUUUCGUUGAAACCGGUAACAGAGAAGGCUUUGUUGCUUUGCUAUAUGCUGCUUACAACUUAGUGAGAAUUGAAUUUGUUUUAGAAAUAUCAUGGAUGAAUUCUUUGGAGGACUACAUUAAGCCAUUUGAAAUCUCCAUAAAAAAAGAGCAGAAUGAUUCCAUUAAGAAAAUCACCGAAGAACUCGCUAAAAAGUCCGGAUCUAAUGAAGAGCACAAAGAUGGCCAACCUUUGAUGCUGAUGAACAGCGCGAUGAACGUUCAACCCACAGGAUUUUAA